AUGGCCAACAACGAGGCAGUCUUCCGCUCUGCGGAAAUGUCCUUGGUGCAGUUGUAUGUGUCCAAUGAGAUUGCGAGGGACGUUUUUGCGACUCUGGGUGAGCUUGGCAACGUCCAAUUCCGGGACCUCAACUCGAAAGUGUCUGCGUUCCAGCGGGCGUUUGUGAGCGACGUUCGUCGUUACGAAAACGGCCUGCGGCAGGUCCGCUUUCUGCGCGAGCAACUCAAGGCCCAAAGCAUCAAAGAAUUGCCUGCGUGGGAGGGCGUUAGGUCCACUAAUGCAGCGGUAACCGACAUCCUAACUCACCUGGACGAGCUUGAGGAGUCGGUGGGCGACUUACGUCGUAACUUCGAUUCCCUCAAGGUGAAAGAAGCUCAUUUGCUCGAGUAUAGACACACGCUGCAGGCGGUUGAGAAUUUCUUGGGCAACGCACACGGUUCUGCUGAUCAGCUCGAUAGUGUCACCGUUAUUGCCGGCGUUUUGCCUACCAGCCGAGCAUCUGCUCUCGAGCGAUUGCUUUGGCGAUCAAUGAGAGGCAACCUGGUUGUAUCUACCGGGUCCAUUGGUGAUAUGUUUGAUUCAAAAGCCAAGCACAUGGUCCCAAAGUCCGUGUUCAUUGUCGUCACAUACGGCUCCGAGCUGGCAUCCAAGGCCACCAAAAUUGCCGAAGCUCUCGAUGCCACUUUAUUCCCCGCCGACUCCAGUGAAUCCAACCGCACUAGGCGUCGCAUCGAGGUCAAUUCUCAGCUGGAGGACAUUAAGCAAGUUCUGAGAACCACUGAGGCGGCUUUGCAGGGUGAUUUAGACCUUGCAGCCGAGUCCAUCAGCUCUUGGGCGAGAAUCGUUGCCCAAGAAAAGGCAAUUUACGAGGUUUUGAACCUGCUGUCAUAUGAUCGCAACCGUAAACUGCUUAUCGGUGAGGGCUGGGUCCCGACGGACGAGAUUCCCCAAGUGCAGCUGGCUCUUCGUCGAGUGUCGACUGCGACAAAUGUGGAGUCGCCCUGUGUGCUGCAUAUUCUGGAGACCAACCGCACACCACCUACUUAUCAUCGCACAAACAAGGUCACUGGUGCUUUCCAAUCAAUGAUCGAUGUUUACGCUGUCGCAAGCUACCAAGAGGUUAACCCCGCUCUGCCGACUGUUAUUACAUUCCCCUUCUUAUUUGCCGUCAUGUUUGGUGAUUUGGGCCAUGGUUUUAUCCUGUUCUUGGCAGCAUUCUAUCUGGUUUUGAACGAACGCAAACUUGCCAAGGUCAACGCUGGUGAUAUUUUUGAUAUGGCUUACUCUGGUCGUUACAUUCUCAUGUUCAUGGGUAUUUUUGCCAUGUUUGCUGGAUUGAUGUACAACGAUGUGUUUUCAAGAUCCAUGACGCUGUUUGCUUCGGGCUGGGAGUGGCCAGAGCACAAAGCUGGCGAGACCGUCAGCGCCGUAUCCACUGGUGUGUACAAGUUUGGUCUGGAUUAUGCUUGGCAUGGUACUGAAAACAAUCUCUUGUUCACCAACUCCUACAAGAUGAAGCUGUCAGUGCUCAUGGGAUACCUGCACAUGACCUAUUCUCAUGUGUUUUCACUGGUGAACGCGCUCUACUUUAACGUGGGUAUUGACAUAUGGGGAAACUUUGUGCCUUCGCUAGUGUUUUUCCAGUCUAUUUUCGGCUAUCUGUCGCUUUGCAUUGUGUACAAGUGGAGUAUAGACUGGGUCAAAAUCGGCAAGCCCGCGCCUUCGUUGCUUAACAUGCUCAUUAACAUGUUCCUGGCGCCAGGGAAAAUCGACGAGCAGCUUUACAAGGGCCAGGCUGGAAUUCAAGUCUUUUUAGUCCUCAUUGCAUUGGUGGCUGUGCCGUGGCUGCUGCUGCUCAAGCCGCUUUAUCUCAAGCGUCAGCUCGACAACAAGUACACGGCAGUGUCCUCCGAAGAGAGCAGUGUCGACAUUGGCAGCGAGCGGCAUGGCGGCGAUGACGACGACGAUGAAGAGGGGCACGAAGAGCACGGAUUCGGGGAUAUUCUCAUUCACCAAGUUAUUCACACCAUUGAGUGGUGUUUGAAUAGUGUCUCACACACCGCAUCGUAUCUCCGGUUGUGGGCCCUCUCGCUUGCACAUGCCCAGCUUUCCCAGGUGCUGUGGAAUAUGACACUGCAAUCGUCGUUUGGAAUGUAUGGUGUUGUUGGUAUUUUUAUGACGGUGGUGCUGUUUGCCAUGUGGUUCACCCUGACCGUCGCAGUUCUCGUAGUCAUGGAGGGCACGUCAGCCAUGUUGCAUGCCCUCCGUCUCCAUUGGGUCGAGUCCAUGUCUAAGUUCUACAUCGGUGAGGGCCAUGGCUUUGUUCCGUUUAGUUUCAAGUCGAUCUCCUCGACACAAUAG